AUGGCCGAGGACUACGAACGAUCAUGUAGGAAGGCAAGUCGGGCGGCGGCGGACAGGUGGACUCCACCGCCGCCAACAAUACCAACACCGCCCUCUACGCCCCCCCUCGCAGUCUUCUGCGUGGUCGGUGGUGGCCUGUGCAAUGUCGCCGGCACCCGGCUCAUGCUCCCCGUGAGAUGCAUCACCUACGCGCUCUACGCCUGGUCCUUCCUCUACUACAACCACUCCCGUGACAAGACGGUCAUCGUCGUCGCCGACGGGAUAUUGGGAGUCGGCGGCGGGAUGCUGCGGUCGGUGUAG